CUUCUUAAUAAUAAUUUAAUUUUGUUAUUCGGAACUUUUGUAGUACGGUAUUAUCUAUUACUUCUUCAGUAUUUGGAGGGUUCUAGAUAUAUGUACUAUAGAUUGUAAAGAUACCUGACGAUGACCCUUAAGCAAGGUCGAAACGCGUCGUGUCGAUGCUUUCAAUCUAAAACUUCUUAAUAAUAAUUUAAUUUUGUCAUCAUUUGUUGUCAAGUGUGGUAGUUAAUUGUAGUCUGAAAUAGAAUAGUGACGUUUGUUUAUGAUUCAGUGUCGAAGUUUGUUGUCGUCUAUGCUCGCUUCCUAACUAUAAAUAGGCCUGUUCUGCUUGUGAUGAAUUCAUUUAGUGGUUUGAUUUAAUAGCAGCUACAUCGAAACUUUUACUGUGAUCUCUACUGGCAAACACAACUGCAUCAAUAUUAAUCGAUCGUUAUCAGGUCUGUUCUUACUUACGUUCAACUGUUUUUUGUUUUUUGAUGAUUUCUUUAAAAUUUACAAAAUUACAUUUCUAUUCAAUCAGUUUCAAACAUUUUCGCGAUGUUUGCUUUUUCAUACAGUGAAGACAUGACGAAGUGUUUGAAAAGAUUAUCCUGGUUUUGCGAUUUUUCACUUCCAUAAGUUAUAUUGAAUAGAUGUUUUUUUUUUGUUUUUCUUUUUCUAGUUUAAAUCAUUUUAAAUCUUCUAUAUUGAUAGGUUUUUUAGUUUGGGUCUUUCUUUGUCAAUGGAAAAAAUCGAAUCUACUAAUAAUGACAAAAAACCAGGACAUUUAAUUCGUCCAACGUCACUCAGUCUGGUAGUUAAGGCUUUUGCAACAGAAAUAUUAAUCGAACCUUUUAUUCAAAUUUGUUUUUUUUUUUGUUUUCUCGUCAUAUAGGCACCAAAAAAAAUGGAUAUGGAUACUAUCGAAACUGUAGAGAUAAUUGAUUUAUGUACACCAAAUUUUAAUACAGAUGAGAUAAUACUCUCUCCAAUAGUCGUUCAUGAAACCAUAGAUUUAAGUAAAAUAAAUGAACGAUUUCCAAAUAUUCAACGUCGAUUACCAGUAUUACCAUGGUUUCCAACAAAUAACAAACAACAAAACGGCUAUCCAUUAAUGUCGAAUAUACCACCUCAUAAACUAAAUCAACAAGAAUUGAUUCGACGACGUAGUGGGAUUUUCAAGCCCGCAUUCAAUAUUGUAAAAAAUGAUUCAAAUAUACGAUCAUUUAUAUGUGAAAAGUUCCAUAUGUAUUUUGGUGAUUUACUUGAACGGUUAAAAGUGGAUCUAUCUAUUUUGGAUUAUAAUUAUACACGUUUAAAUAAAUAUAUGAAAAUGUUAGCUUGUGAACAAAUGCGUGUAUUUAAACUACGAGCACAUGAAAUUCAACGAAUCGAUGAAAGAGAAUAUCCUAUUGCAUUAGAAUUUUUUUUACAAUUUGAUGUCAACAUGUUCUAUAUGAAAACAUGUUCAUUUCGUUAUGCUCGACCACGUACAUUAAAUGAAGGUCUUUUUUGUUUACAAGAACCGGAAGCUCGUUAUGAAUUAGCUGCAUGUUGUAAUUGUGGAUUAUGUUAUCCUCAAUAUAAUAUGACAUAUCGAUCGAAGAAAUCAAUUGUUGAAUUUAAUCAAGCUCAUAAACAUACAUUUCUUAAUGGAUAUCAAGCCAUUUUAAAUUGUUCAGCGUCAUGUCAUACACGAAAUAUUAUUUAUGCAUUGACAUGUCCAUGUGGUAAAUUUGAAUAUAUAGGUGCAACAAUAAAUAGUUUACAUGAUCGUUUAAUAAAACAUCGUGAACAUGGUAAUCGAAUAAUACAUGAAUUUUUAAUAGGACAAGAAAAUAUUCUACGUGAUUUUCCACGAGGAAAACCAAAGGAAAUUAUAGUAAAAGAUCGUAUGAAACUUUAUCAGCAUUCGACACAUUGUUCAGUGGCGAUGCAAAUAUUUUUAGAUGCUAAUCCACAAUAUUGGCGAUUUGUACCAAUGACAUUAAAAGAAUCAGACAAACCAGAACAAAAAUUGGUUGCGCCAUAUACUUCUACUGAAGAACUUAGUUGGACUAUACGAUCUAAAGAAGAUACUAAAAUGUAUGUUGAAGCUGUUCCAAAACCAACGAAUGGAUUCACUUUUUCCAAUCGACAAAUCAUGUUUCAAACACAAUAUUUUCAUAAGACACGAGAUCAAACUUUACCAAAUCAAGAUAUUGAUUUAUACAAUGCUACUAUUAUAGCUGUGUUACCAGAAACUUGUACGGAUAUGUUUCGUUUUACUAUUGAAUCUUUAUUCAUAACUUAUGCCGAAACAAAUCUUAAUUCGAUUGGUAACGUUUUGAAUGAGAAUCAAAAUAAUGAUUAUUAUUCUAUGAAGAAUUCUUGGUUGGUUCGUGGUAGUGAAUGGUGUCAAGAAUUAUUACGUCGACCUGAACCAAAAAAUACAAUACCGAAAAAUAUUGUUGCAACGGAAUGA